AUGAAUAUAUCUGAUCUAAUUCAGCAACAAUCACAAAACAGAAAGAAUAAUUACCAGCAUAAAAAUGGUAAUAACAACAAAACUGGUAAUCCAAUCCCAAUUUCUACUGUAUUAAAAAUGAAAGAAAAUAAUUCUAGUAAUGACAUUAAUAAGAAACGUACAAUAGAAACAAUAAAUACACCUUCCUCUAUGGUUACAAAAUCACAAAUAAUUCAGGAAGAAAAAAGAAUAUGUACAAGGUCUCCGCCACAAUAUAGUUUUACUAGAUACUGUUAUCGUCACAAUCCGGACUACCAUAAAAAUGUAAAACUGGAUGGUACUUCUUCUUCUUCAAGUGAUAGCAAUACCCCGGAACCCAACUUGCUACAGCAGAUAUGUGGGGAAGAUGGCGAUUUUCAAAAAAAAUUAGAUUUAUAUUGCCCCUCCACUAAAGAUCAGCAAGAUAUUCAAAAAAUAUUGACAAUUUUUAAUAAUAGUGGCAAUACACCGAUGAAAAAAGAACUGAUAUUGCAUGCACUAUUGAAUUUAUGUUGUUCGCCACAGCUAAGUUUUAUAUCACAACAAGUUACUUCAAUGAUUAAAAUUGAUUUUGUAUCCGAUUUACCCCAAGAGCUAAGUUUAAAGAUUUUGAGUUAUCUAGAUUGUUCUAGUUUGUGUGAAGCAAGUAAAGUCAAUAAAAAGUGGAAUUUGUUAGCCGAUGAUGAUCGGGUCUGGUAUCACAUGUGCGAACAGCAUAUCGAUAGGAAAUGCCCACAUUGCGGAUGGGGAUUGCCCCUACUACAUAUGAAGACAAGAAGAUUUGUGGAUAUUGCUGGACCGAAGCCCUUUUGUGAAUCUAGUUUAAAUUCCACUGCAACUCUGACUUAUGAUAACAACUCUAACAUCACAUUCAACAACCAUAACAGUAAAAAUAGCGGCAAUAAGAAUUUACUGCGGAAUAACAAGGCUGCUAACACUGUGGGCAACAAUAACACGGCAUCAAUUUUAGCUAGCGGUGGUUCUGUCAGCAGUGGAUGCAGUAACAACAAUAGUAACGCAGUUAUAAGAAAAACUAGGCCCUGGAAAGUUGUUUACAAAGAAAGAUUUAAUGUUGAACGGAAUUGGAGACGUGGCAACUGUAGAAUACAAGAGUUUAAAGGCCAUAUGGAUGGUGUGUUAGAUUGCAAAUUUAAUUAUGCUUGUUUAUUUACAGCAUCCUACGACUCAACCGUUGCAAUGUGGGACAUAAACAAUGGGAAAUUACUGAGAAGAUUUACUGGUCAUUCAAACGGGGUUAAGACAUUGUUAUUUGAUGAAUCUAAACUAAUUACUGGGUCGUUGGAUAAGACUAUUAGGGUUUGGAAUUAUCAUACUGGUGAGUGCAUCUCCACUUAUAGAGGCCAUACAGAUUCUGUUUUAAGUAUAGAUGCUUACAAGAAGAUUAUAGUUAGUAGUAGUGCAGAUACUACAGUCAAAGUCUGGCAUGUCGAAAGCAGAACUUGUUUUACGUUGAGAGGCCAUGAGAACUGGGUUAACUGUGUUAAACUACACCCUGCCAGUUUUACAUGUUAUAGUUGUAGUGAUGACAUGACAAUUAGGAUGUGGGAUAUUAGGACUAAUACGUGCCUAAAAAUCUUUAAAGGACAUGUUGGCCAAGUACAAAAGGUCAUUCCAUUAACGAUUAUAGACGAAGAAAACCUAGUGGCUGAUGUUCCUUAUGACAAAAACUACAAGGAUGACGUUAAUUUGCCCAAUAAUAAAACGUUGACGUAUCCAACACAUUUAUUAUCAUGCUCUUUAGAUAACACAAUUAAAUUAUGGCACAUACAAACUGGUAUAUGUGUCAGAACCCAUUUUGGUCAUGCAGAGGGGGUUUGGGAUAUAGCUUGUGAUAAUUUCAGGAUAAUAAGUGGGUCUCAUGAUACAACAGUUAAGGUCUGGGAUUUACAAAGUGGGAAGAUGAUUUACAGUUUUGACAAUGCACAUGAUGCUCCCGUUACCUGCGUUGCUAUUGGUGAUUCAGAGUUUGUUAGCGGUGACGAAAGUGGCAAGGUUUGUAUGUUUCAUUUUGAUAUAUAG